AUUCACACCUAUAAAUAAUCCUCCUUUUCAUUCUUCAUUUCUCAUAAUCACAAUUUGUUUUUAACAAAAGUAAAAAGAAUGGAGGUGUCUAACAAGAAAAUAACAUCUCCAUUCUUUGCUUUCUUGUUUAUUUCUUCUCUUCUUAUUCAAUGUUUUCCGUGUGUUUCAUCAAAACCAAUUCCUGGAGGAAAAUACAAUAAGCCGGUCCCAAACCCAGGCCCCAUAAAUCCGGUCCCAAAUCCAGGCCAACCACUUCCAAAUCCUACAACACCGGGGGGCAAAAAAUUUUGCGUACCCAAACCUGAGGCUACAGAUAAAAAAUUGACGGCCUGUAUAAAAUGGGUUUGCAAAGAGGGAGGUGUGGAUUGUGGCCCAAUUAAUCCUGGAGGUGCAUGUUCUCAGCCCAAUACUCUUAGGUCUCGUGCAACCUGGGCCAUGAAUGCUUACUUUCAAAUGAAGGGUAAAACUGACAGUAUGUGUGGUUUUUCGGGCACUGGUGUCGUCUCCUCCAUUGAUCCAAGUUAUGGUACAUGCAAGUACCAAUCUUAAGUUUUUCGGACCCCAAAAGAAAGAUUUUGCAGCUACUCCAACAUUUGAAGAAUUAGUUUUGAAAUAUUAAGCUAUUGUUUCUAAAUUCUCUAUUUAAUUUUCAAAAACUAAUCUAAUUAUGUUGUCAUGUAGUAUGUUGUUAUUACAAAUAAAAAAUAAAAAAGAUUGUUGCCUA